AUGCGAAAGUUGGAAUGGGACCACAUGGGAGUGAAGGUUGAUGGUCGGCAGCUACACCAUUUGCGCUUUGCUGACGACAUCGUACUGAUAACACCUAGCACCAGCCAAGCGGAACGAAUGCUGACCGAGUUCGACGAAACAUGUGGAUGCAUCGGUCUUCAGCUGAAUCUACAAAAGACGAUGUUCAUGCGGAACGGAUGGGUCUCGGAUGCCCUAUUCACCCUCAACGGAACGAACAUAUCCGAAUGCACCAGCUACGUUUAUCUGGGUCGGGAACUGAACAUGAUGAACGACCUGACCCCCGAGCUGGGCAGGAGGAGACGAGCGGCUUGGGGAGCGCACAAGAGCAUCGAAGAUGUAGUGAAGAAGACCAGGAACACCCGGUUUCCUGCUUUGACCUAUGCUUCGGAAGCCUGGGCAUUUCGCAAGCAGGAAGAAAACGCGGUGAGCGUCAUUGAACGCGGAAUUGAGAGAGUGAUGCUAGGAGUAUCCCGUUUCACGCAAGCGAGGGACGGGAUUCGAAGUUCUCUCCUACGUCAAUGA